GUCACAAAACUCUACGUAAAAGGAUUGGCGCGUGAGAGAGGAGAGGAGACGAACCAGACAUGAAUAGAGCUACUAAAACCCACAUGACCUCCCCAUGUUUUUCCCUGGCAUGGGUAUGGCCCCUUUUUUUCAAGGUGACUGUGUUUGAGCAGGAGCACUUCCAGGGCAAGUGCCAGGAGUUCACCUCUGAGUGCUGUAACAUCCAGAACUGUGGUCUGGACAACAUCCGUUCUAUCAGAGUGGAGAGUGGAGCCUGGGUGGGCUUUGAGCAUCAUGACUUCCAGGGCCAGCAGUUCAUCCUGGAGAGAGGAGAGUACCCCCACUGGGAUGCCUACAGCGGCUCCCUGUCCUACCACGUGGAGCGCCUCAUGUCCCUGCGCCCCAUCUACUGCGCUUCCCACCAGAGCAGUCGUAUGCAGAUCUUUGAGACAGAGAACUUCAUGGGCCGCAGCGCUGAGCUGUGUGAUGAUUACCCCUCUCUGAGGGCCAUGGGCUGGUGCAUGCCCGAGGUCGGAUCCAUGCACGUUCAGUGUGGCGCCUUUGUGUGCUACCAGUUCCCCGGCUACAGGGGCCAGCAGUACAUCAUGGAGUGUGAGAGACACAGUGGAGAUUACCAGCACUGGAAGAACUGGGGCUCCCACUGCCAGACCCCCCAGAUCCAGUCUAUCCGCCGUAUCCAGCACUAACCGGGCCCAGAGCGGACCGUACCCCUAACAGAGCCCCAGGCUUCGGCCUAGGGCUGGGUCUACUGGGGCCUUGUCACAGCACGGCCAACACAAACACAGUCAGUCAGAACCAUCCCACAGUUUCAACUAACACAUCUUAACUCCGUCACGGACGUCCUCAGAUACUCUGGUUGAUAACACAACAGGGUAUUAUUCCUACGAGAGGCGACUCGUAAAUCAGUGCCGUAACGUCAACAGCAACGUGAGAGGAGUUAAGUCAUCACUGUAACACGUUCAUCACUGACCAAUAAACUCAUGCUCAACUCAAA